GUCUCCAGUUGGGGGUUGUAGGUUCGAGUACCUGUUUCGUUCAUCCAACGAUAAAGUAUUUCAAUUGUCCUCUAUUUCGUCAAUUCACAUUUGCUUUCUUCAGGCAACACAAGAUAGCCAUGAGGUUUCUUCUUCAAGGCUGUGCCAUUUUUGGCUUUCUGUUUCCAACCGUGCUGGCGCAGAGAUAUGUUUUCGCACAUAUGAUAGUCGGCAACACCGCAGCUCAUACUCAAGCAACAUGGGCCGCAGACAUUACCUUAGCUCGAAACACCGGAAUCGAUGCUUUCGUACUCAAUAUGGGAUAUCCUGAUCCCAAUAUCUACGGUCAGGUUGCCAAUGCAUUUGCUGCUGCCGAAGCUGCUGGCUCUGGAUUCAAAUUAUUCUUCUCGUUCGACUAUCUUGGCGGAGGUACCAGAUGGCCCUCGACAGGAGCCAGGUCUGUUGUGUCUUACUUGAAUCAGUAUAAAAACAGCCCAGCUUACUUCCGAUUCAAUGGUCUUCCAAUGGCAUCAACGUUCGAAGGUACUAGUGAUAUCGACGCUUGGGCCUAUGGAGGCGUCAUACGAAACAAUGUCGGCGGGAUUUAUUUCGUACCCGAUUGGUCUAGUCUUGGUCCAGGAGGAUUCGCACAGCAUCUAGGUAAAGUUGAAGGUGCGUUCAAUUGGGACGCUUGGCCCACUGGAGCCACAAACAUCAACACUGCUGGAGAUGUCCAGUGGAGGAAUAUGCUUGGAGCAAAGAGCUACAUGAUGCCUGUAUCUCCUUGGUUCUUUCGUUCGGCAAAUGGAGGGAAUAGAUGGGUAUGGAGAGGCGACGAUUCUUGGGCUGAUCGUUGGGCUCAAGUUAUCAGCUUUGCUCCCACAUUUGUGCAAAUUAUCUCUUGGAAUGAUUUUGGCGAAUCUCAUUACGUCGGGCCUGUGCGAUCAGCGAACGAGAUUCCAGCCGGCUCGGGAAUAUACGUCGAUGGCCAGUCACAUGAGAGCUGGCUCGACUUUCUUCCAUAUUAUAUUGCCAAAUACAAAGGCAGCAGUUUCACUAUUACUCGAGACCAAAUGCAGUAUUGGUAUCGCAACGCGCCUUUGGGAGGAGGUGGUACCUGCGGUGUUGUUGGCAAUGACGCUGGUCAUGGUGAACAACAGAUCUCGCCUAAUGCCAUACUCUACGACGGCAUAUUUGCGUCGGCACUGCUUAAAAGCCCUGCAGCGGUCCACGUACAGAUUGGAAGUAAUCCUGUAAUCAUCCACAACUUUGGGGCUGGACUUACACAUUGGAGUCAGUGUUUCUGUGGUCAGACCGGCGUACCGAAAUUCUGGGUUGUGAGAAAUGGAGUGACUACAGGCAGCGGGACUGGCAAGGCUAUUAAUCCAUCGACUAGUCUAUCAAAUGGUUGUACCAACUAUAAUCCUUGGGUUGGAUCUUUCUAGAGAUGGGGAUUUGCGAGUGAUCACAGCACUGUUCGAGGGGUUGGAAUUGAUAAAUGAGGAGACGAUAGGUUAUAGGAGGUCGUCUUCUAAUACAAAAACUUUCAUUUGGUUGGCAAUGCAGUGGCUUUGUUGAAGAGUUGAACAGCCGCAUGCUGCUGGAAUUGUAUUUCCAGUUUCAAAGAUAUGAACUUGAUUUUCAGUUGUUAUCCAGAAUAUGAGUUCAUGCGGGAGGCAUAAUUUCGACGAAAUCUAGGAUCUCGCAGUUGCAAUAGAACCUAGGAUCAAAUUUCAAGGAAAUCAAGGCAUCGCCCUGAAUUGCUUCCCUGAAAUAGAUCGUCUUCUCCUAAAGUUACGCGCUGCAAUGUUUUUCCUGAUCAACUACCCUCUGCCAAACAGCCUCACCAAAACAAAAGUACCG